CGGUAUCCCCAACACUAUUAAUCAGACGAAUCCUAUUCGUCUGAUUGGCCACUUGACGCGCCCCAUGACUCUGAUUUUACCUUUAAGUUUUAACAGUGACAGAUGGCUUUCUCGUUCUUCCCAAAUCUUGUGCCUCGAAAUGCCAGUCCUUCGUGGUUUCAAGCAGAUAAGCCAAUUGAUGAAGAAAAUGAAUUGACCCAGUUGGAACAGGAACACCAGAUGUGGCUUAACUCAGUAGCUACCAAGAACAGUGAUAUUUUGCCUAUUGGAAAGACUUCAUCAGAGCCUGUAGAAGAAGAAGAAGAUGAAGAAGAUGAGGAGGAACAUGAAGAUGAUGACAGUGAAAGUCGUGAAGCAGAAGACAGUGAUAUAGACUCCUUUACUGCCAAUGGACCAAAUUUUAAUCGUGACCUUGGUGAAGGUCCACCUAGGCUUGCUAACCUUACUAUGGAUCUAAGUGAAUAAAAAGUCAAGUAAAAUGCUUUAGAGCUGCACAUUAGAUAAAGUUAAAUGGUCACUAGCAAGCUAGCUGUCCAAAUUAUUUCAAUCAAUUAAAGAAUGUGAAACUGUUUCAAAGUUGAGUUUUUUUAAAUGCUGUCACUGUUUAAGUAAAACGAUGCAACUUCAGUGGAAGGAGAUAUGUAAAAUUAUAUCUUUAAGCUUCUUUGAAACUUAAGUAACAAUAAUGAAUCAUAAUAACCAUUA